AUGGACGCCUCCAACGCUGACUCGAAGGAGACGCAGCCCGUCCUGGAGAGCGUUCCCACACCGAGCCGAAAACUGCUUCCUUUGAGCUAUGCUCCGAGUGUGGCACGUCGGGCAAAUCGGCGGCACGUCACAGCGCCCGCCCAGGCACUCUUGGGCCAGAUGAGCGCUAGCCCUAAGUGUGCGGACACUGCCAGAAGAAGCCCACCUCGAGGUUCAGUGAAAGUAUGCCAUCAGGCCAGCCCUACUGCUUGCGUAAAGCCCGUUGGCACAGAGCGCCGCAACAGCAAUCCGACCUUCAACCUACCGACCGAUCCUGCUUCUCCCGUGGGCCCACGCAGUGCGAACAGGGACACUGCCAAAAGCCCGCCAAGAGGUGCGAUCAAAGGGUGCCGGCAGGUCAGCCCGAGUAUUUGCACGAGGCCAGUGGGUGAGCGUCGCCACAGCAACCCGUCCAUUGCUUUACCAGCAGAUCCAUCUUCAGUGGGCCCACGCAGUGUCGUCAACAGGGACACUGCCAGAAGCCCACAAGGAGGUGCAGUCAAAGGUUGCCGGCAGACCAGCCCCACCGCCUCUGCAAAGCCUGUGGGCACGGAGCGCCGCCACAGCAACCCGACCUUUGGACUACCGACAGAAACUUCUCCACCCGCGCCUUCGAAGCGCGGCAUGAAGAGCCUGCGCUUCCAGUCGUCAAGGUCACCCUCACCCCAAACCCACAACUCACCAGACUCGCCACUGGCAGGGCCAAAGCCCAAAGCACGAGCGCGGUCGCAGAGCGCGCCGCGGCGGGAUGGCGACCCUUUCAACCUCUACCGCUUUGUCGACGCGCAGAGUGAAAACGGGACCUUUAGCCGGGCCUUGCAAGAGAUCCAGGCUGGCCGAAAAUCCUCCUGCUGGAUGUGGUUUGUAAUUCCAUCGCCGCCGUACAUGAAGAACAACAUCGAGCAUGGAAGCAGCACGAACCGCAAGUAUGCGAUCAGAUCUGAGCAGGAGGGCAAGGCAUACCUGAACUAUGAGGCCGAUGGCGUAGAUUUGCGCAGCAAUUACUUCGCUAUCCUCUCUGCCGUCUGUGAGCACCUCAUUGCUGGGAAGGCAGCUCGGUCUGUGAUUGGCGGGUUCGAUGAGCCAAAGCUCGCGAGCUCGAUCAUUUUCUUCGAACGGAUAACCCGUAACGAAGACAACGAGUUGAACAGUUUAUUGCUGAAGCUUGCUGGUCUGAUGAACCUUCAGCUAACAGCCUAG